AUCCUAUUGGUGCACGGUUUUGGGGUUGGCGCGCAUCAAUUCUCAAAUCUCAUACCGCUGCUGUCUGACACCCAUCAAGUAUGGGCGCUGGACUUGCUUGGCCAGGGCCUAUCAUGGCCCAGUCGGGAAGCGUUGGAAGGUGACUAUCACAAAUUGCACUCCAUCUCAUACAAAUCAGCUGCUGGUGAUCCCUUUUUACCCUACAUUCCCUGCCCGUUGUCGAUUGACACCUGGACACAGCUGUUGGCUGACUUUAUCACAGAGGUCAUCGGGGAGCCCUGUUAUGUGGUGGGCAACAGCCUUGGUGGGUACCUUGCGGCCCAGCUUGCAGCAACCAGGCAACACCUGUGCAGGGGCGUGGUUUAUCUCAAUGCGACGCCGUUCUGGGCGUUCAUGCCGCGGCCGGAGACACAGGAGGUGACGGGACGGCUGCUGCGGCGGCUGGUGGGUUAUGAUGGUGUCAUGCCGGCACCGGAGGGGCUGAAGCGCGUGCUGCGCAGCUUCUGGUGGGACAAGUUCACCACCGAGGACACCGUUCGCGGCAUCCUGAAGCAAGUCUACGCCGUCCGGACUGUGGACGACAAGCUGCUGUCCAACAUCUUGGCGGCGACGCAGCACGAGUUGGCACUGGAUGCAAUGGCCUCCAUCAUAUUCUCACCAGGCACUGUGCAGCGCUUUGGCAAACUGGCGGCCGACGCGCGCUGCCCCUCCUGCCUCAUCUAUGGCCGCCACGACCCCUGGGUGAGGCCUGUGUGGGGCCAGCGCCUCAAGCGGCUCGUGCCCCACGCAGCCUACUUCGAGAUUCCUGCAGGGCACUGUCCGCAUGAUGAGACACCUGCAGCCGUCCACUGGUGCCUCCAAGAGUGGAUUGCCUCCAUUGAAGAGGAUCGCCCUCUCUGCUUGAAUGUGGGCGAGGAGGUCCUUGUUGACUCUCAGGUGCACUGA